AUGAGGACUUGGAAAGAUUUGAAGAGCUUUGCGCUUUACGUGGGCUCUGUAGUCUCUGUGCUAUUGACACCCUUCACCGAAGAUUGCAGCGUCUUGACGGAAAUCUGCGCCACCCUCGCCCGCCUGUCUGUCCGGAAUGAGUUUUGCCAGGAGAUAGUUGACCUUGGGGGCUUAAAUUUCAUGGUGGCAUUGCUGGCUGAUUGCAUCGACCAUCAGGAGCUGGUGAAGCAAGUGCUGAGUGCUAUCCGGGCCAUUGCAGGCAACGAUGACGUGAAGGACGCCAUCGUGAACGCCGGAGGGACCGAUCUCAUUGUGUUGGCCAUGAGUCGCCACCUGGCCAGCCCUCAGGCGUGUGAGCAGAGCUGCGCGGCCCUGUGCAUGUUGGCCUUGCGCAAGCCAGAGAACUGCCGCGUCAUCAUGGAAGGCGGGGGAGCCUUGGCGGCGUUGCAGGCCAUGAAGAUGCAUCCCAGAGAAGUCACUGUACAGAAACAGGCCUGCAUGCUGAUCCGCAACCUCGUCUCCCGCACCAGGGACUUUUCCCAGCCUAUCCUGGAGAUGGGUGCCGAGAACUUGAUCACGGAAGCCCGGACGGCGCACAGGGACUGCGACGACGUGGCCAAAGCGGCCUUGCGGGACCUCGGUUGUAAAGUGGAGCUGCGGGAGCUCUGGACGGGCCAGAAGGGAGGCCUCGCGCACUGAGGCGCCGGUGUGGUUAAGCUGGCAAGACCCGGGCGGUUCUCGCGGGCUGAAGUAAAGCUAGGCCACGUACCUAAGGGGGAGGAGCGUGUUCGUGUGCCCAACUCCCGGCUCGUGCCAACCGGCGGGCCCACGUCAGUGCCAUGGGUUUUUUUUUUCCCUGCCUAGGCCGGAACGUAACAGUGCCGCAACUGUAUUCUCUCGUGUUUGGUUCCUCCUUCCUCCAGGGUUCUUUGCCGGGCUCUUCCUGCUCUGGAAGACCUGCCUGCCCCUCGAGACAGACUGGCAUGGCGCUGUGGCCAUCGCACCAGACCCUCACAGCCUUAAGGGGGCAGAGCCUGCCAACUCAUUCUACAAAGUAGUGAAAGGCGGGGUGGGUCCGGGUUGGGGGGGGGGGAUGUCCGUCCAUUUAGCCCAUGGCUGUAUGUUGGCCCCUGCCUGGAUGGCAGAAAGCUGGUUUGUCCCUCAACUAGGCCUCUGUUACUAUGGCGACCGCUGCUGUGCCCUGCUGUAACUCUGUUUGCCCUUCCAAUGUACCUCCCUGCUUUUCACCUCCGAGCGCCGAGCUUUUUUCCUUGUGUCAUUGCAGUGUUGUUGAACAAAGGUGUGCGUGUCUACGUG